AUGCAGUACUCCCUCCUCGCCCUCUCGGCGGCCCUCCUAGCCACCUCAGGCUCCGCCCAAAUGAUGCCUAUGCCUAUCUCAAACGCCUAUGCGCCCUCCGUGGAGUCCUUCCAGCCUACCCCAACCCCCAUCUCAACCCCAGCCCAGGCCUCUCCAGCAAGCCCCAUGUCCGCGUCUGCAUCGGCCUCUUACAACCCGAUGCUAUACCAGCACUACUACCUGACCCCCAAAGCCAAGGUCAGCACAUUCCACAAGAUCGCCUCCUACUCAAUGUCCGCCUCCAUGUCCAUCGCCGCCUCCGCCUCCGCUUCCGCCAGGCCGUCCUCUUCCAACCCAGCCCUGCAUCACAGCAUCGCCCACGCCGCCAACAGCCCCCACGGCAUGCGCAAGCCCCACCCCAAGGAAGGCUUCCCCAUGCCCGCGGGCCUCAGCGGCCUCCAGUCUACGCCAGACGUGGAGAGCUUCAAUGGCGCAACAACCAAACACGGCGGCUACACCGGCGGCAACGGCAACGAGGAGAAUAUCUCUCAUGACGGAUCCCCCAUGCCAGGGUACGGCCCGGAUGUCCCUGCCGAACAGCCAAUUCCUUACGCCUCGGACUCGUCGCUCCGGUCAGGGUCCGAGGGAGGCUUCGACAUGGGCAAUGUGCCCAGCGGCGGCAUCGCGCCGGUGGACUCGAUGAGUCCCGGCUCGGUCGUUGCGCCGGUAACCGGUGAGAAGCAGAGCCAUGGGCUCGAUUUGGGGAACUCGUUCUGUAUGGGGACUUGCUUUGGUAGUAAAGAGGAGGCGAAGUGUCAGGCGCCCUAUACUUCGCCUUUGUAUCAGGCUGGCCAGGGCUGUUGGUCUUGUUGCUUCACCUCUCCUGACUUUUAG